UCAGUUAGCAAAACAUAUAUUGAUCGUUUUAUUUACGUGGUGUUUUUGUUUGUAAUAAUUAAGCCACACAUAUAUAUAUAUGUAUGUGUAUACAUGAAAAUGGAGGGAUGUAUCUGUUAAGUGUCCCGACCGGAAGCUCGUGAGCCACAAGUCAAACUAACGGCUCUUUUGUAGCUGGUUAGCCGAGGUAGCUAACACAGCUUGCUACUUCUUCCAUAACAACAACGUUGUCGAAAAGUGACAGUCACCAUGGCCAAUCUGGAGCAGUGGGUGAACGACCGUCUCCACGACAUCCUCGGGAUGAGCGACAGAUACGUGUCUCAGUUCAUGAUCGGCACCGCGCGGAAAUCAUCGAGCUCCCAAGACUUUGUGACUCGCCUCGAGGAGACGGGCACGAUCGACAUCGAGCCGAACGUGGUUGCGUUUGCGCAAGAGCUCUUUGACAAGAUUCCUCGCAAGCAGGUUGUUGAGAAACCGGCCCGGGCGAAGGAACGGGAAGCCAUUGAGAUGGACAAGAAGAAUCGGACGUACACGCUACUGGAGGACAGCGACAGCGACGGAGAAGCUGUGAGGGAAAAGGAGAAGGGGAAAAAGAAAAAGGACAAAGACAAAGGAAACAGAAGGAAGAACUUCAGAAAGAAGAAAGUGAGCGAGUCGUCAAGUGAGGAGGAAGCGCCGAAAAGGGGGAAUUCAAACCAAGGAGACCAGACGUCUCCCAAGAAAGAGGAGGAAGAGGAGGAGUGGGAAAAGGAAGAAAGAGAGCGACAGCGUGACAUUGAAGAGAGAGAUGCGUUCGCUGAGCGCGUGAAGCAGAAGGACAAAGACAAGACUCGUAACAUAACGGAGAGGACGGACAAGAAGGCGUAUGAGGAAGCUCAGAAGAGGCUGAAGAUGGCCGAAGAUGAUCAGAAGAACAUGUUGCCAGAGUUGAGGAAGCGCUCUCGCUGGGAUUAUCUAAAGAAGAGAGAGGCCGAGAAGCUGGAGGACCUGGAGGCCGAGAUCAUUGACGACGAGUACCUGUUCCACACGGAGGAGCUCACGGAGAGGGAGAAAAAGGAGUUGGAUUACAAACGCACCCUAAGGGACCUGGCGAAGGAUUACAAGAAGGCCGGCGUGAAGGAGCACGAGGAGAGGAAGAACAGAUACUACAUGCCGGAGGAGAAGAGAAACAAGGAGGUGCCCCAGAGGGACCUGGAGUUGGAGGAGUCUCCAAUGGAGCUGGGAGGAGAGCAAGGCCGCUGGGAGGAGGAGAGGCUGAAGACGGCCUCCCUCAGCUUCGGCGCCAAGAGGGAGCGAGAGCUGGGCAUGAGGCAGGAGCAGGAGCGGUACCAGCUGAUCCUGGAGGAGGACGAGAUGAUCGAAUUCGUCAGCACCGCCAUGACCAUGAAGGGAACGCGCUCGGAGAAGGACCAGGAGGAACUGGCUCUGUCCCAGGCGGCGCUGAAGAAGGAGUCCAUGCAGGAGGUCCGCCGCAGCCUGCCCAUCUUCCCCUACAGAGAGGACCUGUUGGCGGCCAUCAACCAGCACCAGAUCCUAGUCAUCGAGGGGGAGACGGGCUCCGGAAAGACCACCCAGAUCCCCCAGUACCUCCUGGAAGACGGCUACACCAAAGGAGGCAUGAAGAUCGGGUGCACGCAGCCUCGCAGAGUGGCAGCCAUGUCGGUGGCAGCCAGAGUGUCUCAGGAAAUGGGCGUCAAGCUCGGGAAUGAGGUGGGUUACAGUAUUCGUUUCGAGGACUGCACGUCGGAGAGGACCGUGCUCCGCUACAUGACGGACGGCAUGCUGCUGCGAGAGUUCCUCACCGAGCCCGACCUGGCCAGCUACAGUGUGAUCCUCAUCGACGAAGCCCACGAGCGGACGCUGCACACGGACAUCCUGUUCGGCCUGAUUAAGGACAUCGCCCGGUUCCGGUCCGACCUGAAGGUUCUGGUGGCCAGCGCCACUAUGGACACGGAGCGCUUCUCCUGCUUCUUCGACGACGCGCCCGUCUUCAGGAUCCCCGGCAGGAGGUUCCCGGUGGACAUCUUCUACACUAAAGCUCCAGAGGCCGACUACCUGGAGGCCUGCGUGGUGUCGGUGCUCCAGAUCCACGUCACCCAGCCUACCGGAGACGUGCUGGUCUUCCUCACCGGACAGGAAGAGAUAGAAACGUGUUGCGAGCUGCUCCAGGAGCGAUGCAGGCGGCUCGGCUCUAAGAUAGCGGAGCUGAUGGUGCUCCCCAUCUACGCCAACCUGCCGUCGGACAUGCAGGCGAAGAUCUUCAACCCGACUCCGCUGGGAGCCCGUAAGGUGGUGGUGGCGACCAACAUCGCCGAAACCUCUCUGACUAUCGACGGCAUCAUCUACGUGAUCGACCCGGGCUUCUGCAAACAGAAGAGCUACAACGCCCGCACCGGCAUGGAGUCGCUCAUCGUCACGCCUUGCUCAAGGGCGUCGGCCAACCAGAGGGCGGGCCGUGCAGGCAGAGUGGCUGCUGGGAAAUGUUUCCGGCUGUACACGGCCUGGGCCUUCAAACACGAGAUGGAGGAAUCGACGGUGCCCGAGAUUCAGAGGACCAACUUGGGAAACGUCGUCCUGCUGCUGAAGAGUUUAGGGAUCAAUGACCUCAUUCACUUUGACUUCAUGGACCCGCCCCCUCAUGAGACUCUGGUCCUGGCUCUGGAGCAGCUCUACGCCCUGGGAGCGCUCAACCACCUGGGAGAGCUCACCAAGCUGGGUCGCAGGAUGGCUGAGCUGCCGGUGGACCCCAUGCUGAGCAAGAUGAUCCUGGCCUCCGAGCAGUACAAGUGUUCAGAGGAGGUGUUGACGAUUGCCGCCAUGCUGUCGGUGAACAACUCUAUUUUCUACCGGCCCAAAGACAAGGUGGUGCACGCUGACAACGCCCGGAUGAACUUCGUGGUGCCGGGCGGAGACCACCUGGUGCUGCUCAACGUCUACACACAGUGGCUGGAGAGCGACUACUCCACCCAGUGGUGCUACGAGAACUUCAUCCAGUUCCGCUCCAUGAGGAGAGCCCGCGACGUCCGGGACCAGCUGGAGGGUCUGAUGGACCGCAUCGAGGUGGAGGUGGUGAGCUCCCAGGGGGACAGCCUGCCCAUCCGCAAGUCGGUGACGGCGGGGUACUUCUACCACACAGCGCGGCUCAGCAAAGGCGGCUACAAGACGGUGAAGCACCAGCAGACGGUGUACGUUCACCCCAACAGCUGCCUGUUCGAGGAGCAGCCGCGCUGGCUCAUCUACCACGAGCUGGUGUUCACCACCAAGGAGUUCAUGAGACAGGUGAUCGAGAUCGACAGCGGCUGGCUGCUGGAAGUGGCUCCUCACUACUACAAGAGCAAAGAACUGGAGGACAGCAGCAGCAAGAAGAUGCCCCGCAAGCAGGGCAAGGCCAAGGAGGAGCUGGGCUGAGUGGGGGGGGGGGCAGUGUGGCUCCAUGGCCCUCCCCUGUUGGCUCUGACCCCCUCACGGGUUAAUCAUGAACCUGUGUGUCUGGGACUCAGUGGGCGGGGCCUGCCGCUCAUUAACCAACCGGACGGACUCUCUGUUGACUUUUGUCACAUUGUGAAACCUCCACCAGACCGAUGUCCAAACGACUGGCUUUACUCUCCGUAUCUUGUUUAUUUUUGGAUGUUCUGUUUGUUUUCUACACCAAUAAAAGUUUUACAGCCA